AUGAUCGACGACCUAUUUCUUGUACACUCACGACUUUGGAAAUUCGAAGUUGCUUACACACUCCGUCUAGGAUGUGGUUUAAGUGUACUAUAUUUUCUUCUAAAUCAAUGCCUAUUCAAUGAUUCAUUUUCCGUUACUCCCAAUAACGGUACAAUAACAAAUUUGUGUACUCUUUCCUGUUCAGACUAUUUUCAUGAAAAUGAAAUCAAAGAUUAUUCAUUCUAUAUAUGGACAACAAAAAGCUCAGCAUCGGUCAUGGUCGCAUUUAGUGCUGCUUCAACUUUUCAAGUUCGAUUACCCGUAGGAAAUAAUUCAGACAGUUUGAUGAAUCUUGUUGUACAUAUCCGAGAUCAAUUGGAUUGCGUCACUAGGUACGAUGUGCUCCCUGUAAAUGUGCUAAGUGAUCAAAAUGGCAAUCUAAAUACGAUCGAACAAGUGAUUACAAUAUUAUCACAAGAAUUUAAUCAAAUGAAUCAUAAAAACUUCAAGAAUGCCAUUCUAGAUCAUCAUUCGCCAGAAGUAAACCUGUUUUCGUUACGUUCGAUCAAACUGCACGCGUUAUCCUUGGCUGAACUAAUAUAUGCAAUAAAUCAACUCACACAAUUAAGCUCGAUCAUUACUUCGACAAAGUGCUAUGAGUUAGCUAAAGCAUUACAUUCCAUCUCGCCCAAACUAUCUUACGAAGACAUACAACUAGCAGUGACUUUAAUCACUCAAUGUGCUUCAAAUGUACUGAAUCGAUUCACUACAGCAGCGAGUAAUGUUGCUGCUCGAUUUGGAUCUGUCGCGUUCAUUUGA